AUGGAUCAACCUCCUAUUGGCGCCAUUGCUUCGGUCACCAGUAUCGAUGGAAAACACCUCAAAAUCGUCGUUGUCGGCGAGAGAGGUCGCAUGCUGGACGUCAAUUGUCGGAUUGGAGAUCAAAGGCCAAACAGCCUAUGCACGACUGGUCCGGGUCGACCACAAGAAUGGGUUUGGAAAGAUAAAGGCGUAGUCGAUACCGUUCAUCCCUACUCGAAGCUUGCUGCCUGUACCAUCGAGCGUCAUAACUUGGCUUGUUUCUUCUAUCAAAUCCCCGAUGGUAGCAUUGUCAUGAGGCGCUGCAGAGUGAAAUCCGAGUGGGAGUGGGAAAGAGGAUUUAUUUCUGUCCUAUCGGGAAAGAGUGAAUACCCUCCCCAAAUCGGGACCAACAUUGUCGUUCAGCCAAGCAUACUGCGCGCCGGGGAUGAUAUCAACCUGACGCUGUUCUACCAAACUUCCUCCGGUCACUUUGCGAUACUGAAGAUGACUGUACGGGGCGAAGUAAAAGGGCCCGUGUUUAGAGGACAACUUAGUUUUCCUAGUUGUACCCCCUUCACAGCACUCACCUCGGGCAGUCAUUUUACGAUCUCUUACAUCACUCUCGAAACGCAAGAAAUAUGGGAAUGCACUGGCACCCUUACCGAUGAUCCUGGGUGCGAGCUCGAAGAAAAUGAAUGUUAUAUAUCAGCCGCCCAGCGUAUGACACUAGAAACACCGCCAACAUCCAAUUUCUUACAAAUGGCUUCACACCAAACCGAGCAAGCGAUUUUCUACUGCAUACUUCCCAACGAGCUCAAAAGCAUAGUCUGGUCGUCAUCCCGCGCCCGCAGGUCCUAUCGGUUUGUGCGCUGCGGAGUAGCGGACACCCCUAUUGCCCUCUGUGGACAUUUAUCAACCUGGUCGAGCCAGAGUAUCCUAUAUGUGGACGUCAACGGAGCAGUCAACAUUGGUCAACUCGAGCCGCUGGAGGUGCCGAAUGGUGGUGUCGAUGUUCCAGAGACAGGGAUAGCCAUAGCACAUCCCGAUCCAUACCAUUCCCCCAGGCCCCAGCCUUCCGCCGAACCCGACCUGGAGCUUCUCGCUGAUCCUUGUCCCGAGACUUCUGCUGAACCAGAUGCCAAUCCCGAUUCCGGCCCGUGCGGUGGUAUUGACGCCAAACCGUGUCCCGAUCUGUGUGCCGAACCCUCCUUUGACUCGAUCUCUGAUUCCUCCUCCGAUGUCUCUGAGGAUGACUUGCAACGCACCGAUCCAUCCGCCGAGCCUUCGGGUCCUUGUCCCGGUCCUUGUCCCGUGGACUUGUCUGAAACUUACCCCGAAUCACCUGCCAAACCAUCUGAAGAUUGUACUCUACCAUGUGCCGACCCUCCUUCGAUCCUCUCCAACCAUGUGAAAACCCAUGUCCUGAUCCCUGCGCGACCACUCCCCCCAAUCCUUGCACUAAUACUAACGCCAGCCCUUGCGCCGAUCCGUGUGAUGGAUCUUUCCCGGACUCCUCCACUGAAUGUUCCGGUUCUUCCGAGACUUGUUCUCAACCGUGUCCUAACCCUGAAUCUGCCCCUGAACAGUGCCCUGGUCCUUGUGCAGAACCAUGUGUCAACCCGUGUCCCGACCCGUGUCCCGAUCCCUGUUCUGGUCCUCGUUCUGACUCAUGUGAAGGUCCUUGUCCUGAACCCCGUGUUGAUCCAUGUGUCGAGUUUCCCUCUGAAUCCUCCUUUGAUUGUUCUGAUUGCUCUGAUUGCUCCAACUGCUCUGAGACUUAUUCCCGACCAUGUCUCGAUCCCCAAACCAAGCCUCCCUCCGAACCAUGUUCUGGACCUUGCCCCGAGCCCCGCGUCGAUUCACCCUCCGAUCCCACUCCCGACUCUAACUCCAAACCUUCUCCCGAUCCAUGUCCCACCCUCACCCGAAGAGUGUAUCAAUCCCAGCGAUGAUCCAUCUACUGAAAUAUGCACGGAUCUUUCCCUGACCUACAAUGGUCCUUGUAAUGGCGAUGCUGAUAACGAUGGGAUAAACAGUCAAUGCGACGACGAAAAUAAGGACUGUGACUCGGAACGAGAGUGUGUUGGGGACAAGACUGGCAUUUGCAAAACUCAAGAUCCCUCUCAAGUCGAAAGAACCACUUGUUCCCCCAGAGGCGAUGAAGGGUGUCCUGAAGACGAUGGAUUGUUGAGGGAAGACCAGGAAAUAGACCUUAUAUCCAAACCAUCUAGUGGUCGGUAUGUUUCACUUCAAGUCCCUGCUAGGCGCUUGGACCAAGUUUCUUCCAUGCACGUGGGAGCGCCAUCGACCGACAAUGGCUUCAAUUCGACUAUGAUGUCCGAAAUUAACUUCAAGCUCUCCAACGAACUCUUUGACGUCGCCAAGGUUGUAUCAGGCCAAACGGCAAAUCUUUAUCCGGGAAUACCAAACACUUCUCUACAACUUGAUUCCCAAUCCGGGCACCGAGGUCAACAAAUGCCUAGGGACUCAAAGGACGGUAUUCGUGACCGUCUGGCGAGAACCCGCAAUCACAGCCUCACUUCAGCGAUCUCUAUGAUUCAUUCAAGCACCUUUGAUUAUCAGCGCACGCGUGCUGAAAAGGAGCUGAUGGCGUACCUGGAUGUCAAGGCGAGCUCUGAGUUGCUGUAUGAUGCAAAGGUUGUAUUCCGUCAUUUAGAUCGAAGUAGCGUCGAUGCGUCUGAGCUCUCCCUUCCGGUUGCAAUGAAACCAUCAGACUGGUAUGAGGCGAGCCAAACCUCUUGGAGCGUAGGCGAGUUUAGCCAAGAUAUUGUAAUGCUCCAAUCCGAAUUGAACCAGAAACUCUCCGAUAUGGACUCUCUUACCGCCCAAUUAGUUCCGUUUAUCCAAUCUGAUUCCGGUAAUCAUCAAGAACUAGAACUGGAAGUCCAAUCUUCAAUCAAGGAGCGCGAUGAACUUCGGCGCGACCUUGAGGCCGAACAUCUAUUUCUCUCCGAUAGUUCUGGUACCAGCUUGCUUGGAUGCGUUCAUUCUAGUCCUCUCAACCAACUUAAUGGCUCAGAUUUCAAUCUCAAAUCGGUCACAGAUCGUUUAAAUGCUAUUAGGGUCAUCGAUCGCAAGGUUUUGAGCCAGACACGCUCGCUUACCAUCAAACGCGCUCGGAAGACAAUAUCAACAUCGUCUAUGCAACUGUGCUCUGAGCGAUACGCGCUCAAUCUUCGGACCUCGAUUGCGCAAGUGCAUCUCCCUUAUUCUAAUGACCCACGCUGGACUAUUGUCAACAUUUCGACCGAGAUUCCGAAUACGACAUGGAGGGAUUCCGCGGUCGGCUUUGGGCUUUGGGCCGGCUACGAAACUAGCACAACCCCGGGGGUCGAAACUGUGAAACUCGACAUCAGCCUCCGGGUUUCUCUUGUCAACUUUGAUCGCAGAGCCUGGUUCAAAUCGGAGUUUAUGAAUCAUUCUGGUCAAUUGAUGAGACUUCCAGAUAGCGAACGUUGGUCAGAGUGGCCUCGUGACGCUCAGACCUCGGAUGAGAUCGUAGAUCGCAUACUCCACGGAUCUUUUGAACCAAGGGGCUCCCUGCCUGCUGUUCCUGCUGGAUUCCAUAACCAAAAAGAUUUGAUGGACCAGGCUGCAGGGGCACAUGGCGUUCUUUGCUUCGAGUUUGCGUCCCAGGCGUCGGCACAUGGGAACGCUGGGGCAAUGCAUAUCAACGAGUAUUUUGAUGGUAUCGUCUUUAGACUUCCCGAGGCGCAGAUUCUUGGCUACGUGAUGCAGUUGACUCCUCCCGAUGUGAGCAUCGAGUACAACAGUGGAAUAGUGGAAUCGAGCAUCGAAACCAUCAUGGAUCAUGUUCAAUAUGGUCAAUGGGCACUCGAAAGAACCGAAGAUUGCAUGUACAAUCAAGGAAUUUGA